CCCGAGGCGGCGCCACGACUUGCGGGGUUAGCGGACGGCUGGAGGGGAGCGCAAAGGAACCGGCCCGCGCCGGCCGCCGAGCCGCACCGGCCCAGGCAGCGCCGCGCCCGCCGGAGGCCGUCGGGCACGCGUCUAGCCUCCAGCCAUGGGGUCGGCCGCGUUGGAGAUCAUGGGCCUGGUGCUGUGCCUGGUGGGCUGGGUGGGCCUGAUCCUGGCGUGCGGGCUGCCCAUGUGGCAGGUGACCGCCUUCCUGGACCACAACAUCGUGACGGCGCAGACCACCUGGAAGGGGCUGUGGAUGUCGUGUGUGGUGCAGAGCACGGGUCACAUGCAGUGCAAGGUGUACGACUCGGUGCUGGCGCUGAGCACCGAGGUGCAGGCGGCGCGGGCGCUCACCGUGGGCGCCGUGCUGCUGGCGCUCGUGGCGCUCUUCGUGACCCUGGCCGGAGCGCAGUGCACCACCUGCGUGCCCGCGGGCCCGGCCAAGGCGCGCGUGGCCCUGACGGGUGGCGCGCUCUACGCGCUGUGCGGGCUGCUGGCGCUCGUGCCGCUUUGCUGGUUCGCCAACAUCGUGGUGCGCGAGUUCUACGACCCGACCGUCCCCGUGUCGCAGAAGUACGAGCUGGGCGCGGCGCUGUACAUCGGCUGGGCGGCCUCGGCGCUGCUCAUGUGCGGGGGCGGCCUCGUGUGCUGCGGCGCCUGGGUCUGCGCCGGCCGCCCCGACUUCAGCUUCCCGGUCAAGUACUCGGCGCCGCGGCGGCCCACGGCCAGCGGCGACUACGACAAGAAGAACUACGUCUGAGGGCGCGGGGCACGGGCUGGGCCCAUCCCGCCAGCCACGUCCGCGAGCCGUCGGGCCGGCCUGGGGACCCCGCGCGGACAGCGGCCUCGGCCGCGUGGCACCGCGCACAGGCUCCGCGGGACUCCCGGCUGCGCGCACGGCCGCUGCCCGUGGGCCGGCUCCUGCGGGCGCC